CGCUCUCGCUGCAGCGAGCUCAUCGAUUUUAGGGGUAAUUUCCACAGACCCCGUCCAGAGCGGACCCGCGCCGCGGAGCUCGACGGCGACCUCCUCGAGCAACGUUCCACCUCGAGAGGGAGAGACGCCGGCAAAAUAUACGGUUUACCCAAUCACGGUCGAGGAUCGUAAUAUCCAGUCCGAGCCGUGCCGCACAUCGCGUUUCUUCUCCACCCGGCGUGCCCCACAUCGUCAGCGACUGCCAGCUGCGGCUGGCCGCAUGUCAAAUCUUUAUCCAUUUCUACCCUUCACGACGCCCUCCGCCUGCAGCGGAAUCCGGCGGCACCAUCCGCCAGCCAGCUCGUCAACGACGCAUCUCGAAUGUCUGCAAGUCAUGCAGGAACAGUAGCCGAGGAAGUCCCUCGGAGUCACUCAGCAGCAGAUGUGAGGUCUUCUCAGUUUCUGAUACGCACCAGUCAGUUCUUAAAGAAAGCGUCUAAUUUUCGUGGCAGCAAGAGAAAGAGCGGUGACGCCAAGCAUAAAGACGCGACGGUCUUCGAACGCAGUACGCGUUCGAUGGACCUGGGUGCAAAGGACCUUGCGAUGUUGGCCAACGCACACACGAGUCUACACAUCGACCGACACUCUCGCACGCCCUCGGAUUCCUCUGACAGCGGGCUUGCCCAGCUGAGGAAUGGGUCUCACAAUAGCCUUCCAAUCACGACCCAACCUCACGCUGAUAUGACACCCAAGACCAGUCACGACGCUAUGCCACCCGUACCAGUGAGAACGAUGGAAGAUCAUGCGCUCGAAAGCGCGCAGGCUCCACCGCAGGAUGGGAUGCACAGCGCUUCACAGACGGAACGGUCAGUUCAUAUAACACCAUCUAUUACGGAAUACGCGCCAACGGUGCAAAUGUCUACGUCGCCUGAGAUCAGAAUCAAUGACGUGCCUUCGCCUAUUGAUGAUGAUGAUGUGGUACAGCUACCUACCACCGAGGACGCGCCUUUACGCGCCGCUCUGCACGACCGCGCCUCGUCGGUCUCGACACCCACGAUGGCGGUGACACCUUCAGCACACCGACAGUCAUUAUCAUCCGGUCAAAUCUCGCCUAGCUUGUCCGAUCGCCGCAUCCUCGCGCCUCGGCUGGCGACACUUCCUCCACCCAUGAUGGCCAGCUUCACCGCGAAUGGAAGCACACGGCUAACCCCUUCAGUCGUCACACGCCAUCCUCCUAUGCCUAUUCUGAACCUGCCCACCUUACCGCCUAUCACGCCGAAUUCGCCGAUCCAUCCUCCUCCACGGGCUCCACUUCGAAGCAUUCCAGCGCUUCCCAUGCGAGGGCCUAGCGAAAGCGCACAACAGGGUGAUCACGAUAACGCGAUGCUCGAUGAGGAAGAGGACGAAGAAGGCGAGGAUUAUCCUGAUGCAAGUCCUGAACGCGAAGCCGAUGCGGAUGCAGCAGCAACCGACGAGGAAGGCGCGGAAGAAGCGACUGAGAUGUACUCCUCACCCGAUACUCCCCGGUCACGUGGAGAUCGCUUAACAGGUCUUCCCCAGAUCGACUCUUCACCGAGGCGAACAUCGAGGACGGAGGAAUUCGAGGUUAACCGAGGAAACUUCACGCCACAGCUUGAUAUCCUACGCGCGUCCCUCGUCUGUCCUGGAUCUUCUUCUCCCGUCGAAUCGGACUAUUUCACCUCCAAACGGCCACACACCAGCCAUACCUCCUCAGCAGCACGCACACCACGUCCUUCAGACUUCAUUGGCAGCUCGCGACUACGAACCCCGGCGCUGGGGAAUGUGCCGCAGAUCGCCCCUAUGUCUCCAGGGUCUCCGCGACCGGGCCUCUACCAUUUGGGAUCGCGCAGUAUGGUGGACUUGCUAUCGAUAUCGAAGAGAGAGAGGGACCAGAUGGCGACGGCGACGAUUGACAUAGACGACAUGCUUGAGCAGCGCGGAAGCAAGCUGCUGCCUGGUCCGUCCACAGAUGAUGACAGUGAGCAGAGGGCACCGAAAGUACGCGCAGAGCCCGAGGAACCUGACACACCUACGCUCCGACGGCAACGCUCGCUGCCGACAUACAGGAUGUCGUCUGACCCACCGCCCUACCCAGAUUUCCAUCCGCGUCGGGCGCCUCCAAUACAGCCGCGCGAGGAAGAAGGACAGGAGCGCUUACCGUCCUAUUCAAACUUGAUCUACCUCGCGGCGGUUAUGCCGCGCAAGCUCGAGUUCGUCAAGCCAGGCGUGCAGGCGCGGGAUCGCAAGUGGCGGCGGGUGCUGUGCGUGCUCGAUGGUACCGCGUUCAGGGUGUACAAGUGUCCCCCGGGCGCGGCGGGCGUGAGCGCGAUUGAGGAGUGGUGGGAAAAGAAGGUGGGUGUGGGCGAUAUCACGGUGACGAACACGGUGGCGGUCACGCAAUCUGGCAUCGUGGUGAGUGCAGUGAGAGGACGGGGGCCGGAGAGGAGCGGCGGGGAGCGUCCGGGCAAGACGGAUGCUGACGAUGGGUCUGAUGCUGGUUCCAACGCGAAUCAGCAGAUUAAUCCACCGCCCCAGCCACCAGUGCCACCUUCGCGGUCAAAGUUGCAGCUCGCUGCGAGCUUGUUGCAUCCGUCGCGAUCGACGCACUCGAACAGAUCAGGUCAUUCAUCGAAUGACAGCCGUGCAAGUUCGAUAAGCCACCAGCGUGUUGCUGUGAGUCCGGCGCGCCCACGUGCCAGUAUGGACGCCCCGCAAGAAGAUCCUUUCGCUAUCACCGCUGUCCCGCGCAACUCCACCGAAAUAUCUCCUACAACGCGCCAGUCGAGCUUCGCGUCUUCGAAUACGCGCUCGACGGUGUCCACUUCUCCGUCGACGACGAACGACAGCUCGUCGUUCCUCCGUUCGCGGCUCCUGCAUCACGCAGCGACAGAAAACUCCAAGUCGCUCCUGGAGCCGAACCCGAAGGACCUUAUUCGUGCGUACACUCUGCAGCAUGCAGAGAGCGGGCUGGCGAGCGAUUACACGAAGCGAAAGAAUGUCAUUCGAGUGCGCGUGGAGGGGGAGCAGUUUUUGUUGCAGGCGCAGGACGUGGCCGCUGUCAUUGAUUGGAUAGAGGGCAUACAGGCUGGGACGAAUGUCGCGCUUGACCUGGACGAGCGGCCGAUGCCUAAAGGACCUAUCUUUCCUCGACGUCGUCGCAGACGAGCACGCGCUGCCGCAGCUGGCGCCACCGGCGCCACCCGCGUCAUUGCAUUACAGUCCGAAUCCGGGCAAAACGCCACAACGACGGCCACCGCUUGAUCAUGGGUCCAAUUUCCUUCUUCCCUUCCGCUUUGCGACUUGCAUUAUUAGCUGUUGUAUUCUCAUGCCUGUACGCCUACGUCGCUUGCUUGCUAAUGUGUAUACGACAACAUGCUAAAUUUCACGCUUUCAUCCCUACUCCGGAUUGUCCCUCGCCCCUUAUUCCCCCCCUCCCCUUCCCCAAUACUUCGUGCAGCGAUAAUUUGCUGCUCCCCCAUAUUGGUACACACGCAACAUACCCC